GAAAAGGGGGCGGGGACAGGACAACGCGCCAGGGGAAGGAGGAGGAGGAUAAGACGGAUAAGGAGGAGGAGGAGGAAAAAAGAAACCAUAGACUUUUACCUUGGCCUAGAGCGGCCCUUAAAGUGCAGACGAAAGGAGGGUGGGCGGGGAUCACCCCAGAACAGGCCGCCGGCGGUAUAAUGGCGACCCGGAAUCCCCCUCCCCCAGACUAUGAAAGUGAUGACGACUCUUACGAAGUCUUGGAUUUAACAGAGUAUGCGAGAAGACACCACUGGUGGAAUCGAGUGUUUGGCCACAGUUCGGGACCAAUGGUAGAAAAAUACUCAGUAGCUACCCAGAUUGUAAUGGGUGGUGUGACUGGCUGGUGUGCAGGAUUUUUGUUCCAGAAAGUUGGAAAGCUUGCAGCAACUGCAGUAGGUGGUGGCUUUCUUCUCCUUCAGGUUGCCAGUCACAGUGGCUAUGUGCAGAUCGACUGGAACAGAGUUGAAAAAGAUGUAAAUAAAGCAAAAAGACAGAUUAAGAAACGAGCAAAUAAAGCAGCACCUGAAAUCAACAACAUAAUUGAAGAAGCCACAGAAUUUAUCAAACAAAACAUCGUGAUAUCCAGUGGAUUUGUGGGAGGCUUUUUACUAGGCCUUGCAUCUUAAGGACAUGGAUGGAUGUUCUACUAUAGUGGAUUCAGUAAGGAGAAGUGGUGGCAACAAGGUGGUGGUCUCUCAACAGUAUGUGCUACCAGAGUCUCCAGGGAAAGGAGAAACAACUAGCUGGAUAAUACUAAAUCCACAACUUAGCAUUUUGCCAUCUGAAGCUUGGCAAACUUGUAUCUGCUGUUAAACAACCUAUAUGUUAUGUGAACAAUAAUAGUAUUCCUGAGCAAAACAUGGCUUUCAUCAUUUUUUAAAAAUUUGUGUCUGUUUAGAAAUUAGCCUAUAAAAUACCACUAUUGGGUGUAGAUAUGAAGAGAAAAAAAAUCUGUUGGAUUGAAAUAUGAUUUUAUUUAAAUAAGAUGUUCUUCAUUGUGUUUUAUGGUAUAGUGCCAAUAACUAAAAAUUUGUAUUAUAGCUUUAAUAUUAGGGCUGACUUUUUGUUUUUAAGAUAUGUUUUCAAUAAGUUGAAGAACUGUAAUGCCAUUUUGUGGAAAGCUUUAGAAAGAAUAUAAUUAUUAAAGAUAUUAAACAAAUUCUACUGACUUAAUUUAAUAUCAAUUUAAGUUGAUUUUUUUUCCUGCAGUUCUUAUAUAAUAACUGUACAUUUCAAAAAAGGUCUUCUAAGGGAAUACUACAUGUCUAAAGCUCUUUUCCCUUUUUUUGGUAUCUGUCCUUUUUUUUGGUAUUUGUAAUUUUAAAAGUACCUUCUUAUGUGUAAGCUUAUAAUUUUUUUGUUUAUCCUGGCAGCCUGGGCAAAGCCAAUUACUUUGAGGGUACAUAUAGUUGAAUCACUGAUUCAUCUUAUCAACCUUUUCUUUCUGAAAGAUCCUAAUUGGCCCCUUAUUCACUGAGAGGUAAAAAUCACUUUAAAAUACUUAGUAGUAUAGUGUGAAUUUGCUGUCUGAAGAACGGUGAUUUUCUAUGUAAUGAAAUUGUAGCUUAAAGAGAACUGUCUCCUUGAUCUAGUCUGAGAUGUUAAGUACCGAGGCUUUCAGACUUUUGGUAACAUUAUGUUGGUUGAACACUAGGUCAGUGUACUUGUUUCUCAGAGCCAAUAUCACACUUUCCAGAGGCUCAUUUGCCCAAAAAAGCUUUCUGUAUUGUUUGUUUUGUCUGUAGAGCUCUAGGUUGGAAUUGGGAAAAACAGUAGAAUGUGUAUUGAAGUGUUCAGAUUGGAAAGACUUUGCAGAUAUUCAGACCAUUUCCUUUUGACAGGAAGUCCCCAUAGUAUAUUUUCUAUCUUAUAAAUACAUGACACUGCAUACUUUCAAGAUUGGUUACAGGCUGCAUGCUUUCAUAAUCAUGAGACUUCUUAAAAUUGAAUGUGGGAUUGAUCUUUAGUUUCUUCUUGUAUUAUCAUUAGUGCCUCAGAUAUAAUGCUAAAUAAAAUUCAGACUUUCUUAAGAUGAA